CAUAUAACGUAACUGAAGAGAGGCAUCCAACCUAUUCAAUAUCCAUCAUGUCUUUGGCUGCUAGUUCGCCACUUGUUGCUUCGUCUCAAUGCCCCCGGCGCUCUGCAAAUUAUCAUCCCAGCAUUUGGGGAGAUCAUUUUAUUCAAUAUGCCUCCCAAUCUUUGGAAGUGACCAACAAAAUGGAGGAGCGUGUUAAAAUUCUCAAAGAAGAAGUGAGAAAGAUGCUCGUCUUUCCUACCAAUAAGCCUGAAGCAACAACAUUAAUGCACUUGAUUGAUUCAAUCCAACGUCUAGGUGUGAGCUACCAUUUUGAACUUGAGAUUGAUUAUAUAUUGCAACAGAUUCAUGAGAGUUAUGUUGAAAAUGGUGCAAUGACUUGGGAAGACGACCUGCAUACUCUUGCACUUCUCUUCAGAUUACUAAGGCAACAUGGAUAUCGCAUCUCACCAGAUGAUGUGUUUGAAAAGUUCAAGGAUGAGCAAGGUAAAAUCAGGGAAGGACUAGCUGCUGACGUGGAAGGAAUGCUAAGCUUACAUGAAGCCGCACAUCUUAGAGUUCACGGAGAAGAUAUAUUAGACAGAGCCCUUGCUUUCACUUCCUCUCAUCUCCAGUCCAUGAUCACCCAUUUGAAUCCCUCACUUGCUUCGAAGGUCAAGCAUAGUUUAAGGCACCCACUUCAUAAGAAUCUCCCCAGACUAGAGGCUUGCUAUUAUAUAUCCUGUUACCAAGAUGAUCCUUCCCAUAAUGAAACUUUGCUGGCGUUGGCAAAGCUGGAUUUCAACAUGCUUCAAAAGUUACAUCAAAAGGAAAUUGGAAUUAUUUCAAAGUGGUGGAAGGAAUUGGAUUUUAAAACAAAGCUGCCCUUUGCUCGCAAUAGGUUGGUGGAAUGUUACCUUUGGAUAUUGGGAGCGUAUUACGAGCCUUGCUAUGUGUUGGCCAGAAGGGUAACCACCAAAGUCAUAUGCAUCGCAUCAGUCCUUGACGACAUAUUUGACGUUUAUGGCACAUUCGAUGAGCUCCAACUUUUCACUGCAGCAAUCGAAAGGUGGGACACAACGUGCAUGGAAUUUUUGCCAGAAUAUAUGAGAUUCUGUUACCAAGCACUGUUGGACAUUUAUGAAGAAAUCAAGCAGGAAAUGAUGAGGGAAGGAAGAGAAUUUUGCGUGAAGUAUGCCGUGGAUGAAAUGAAAAGCUUGGUUCAAGCCUACUUUGUUGAAGCCAAAUGGUAUAAUAGCAAUUAUACACCAACAAUAGAGGAGUACAUGGGCAAUGCACUUGUCUCGUGUGGAUAUCCUAUGGUCAUAGCCACAUCUUUCAUGGGGAUGGGGUCUAUAGCUACAGAACAAGUCUUCCAAUGGCUAGCCACGGACCCCAAAAUUAUCAGGGCCUCAAAAAUUAUUUGCAGGCUCAUGGAUGACAUUGUUACCUACGAGGAUGAACAAAAGAGAGGGGAGGUUGCAUCAGCCAUAGAGUGCUACACGAAGCAAUACGGUGCGAAUAAGGAAGAUGCCAUUGAGGUAUUUAAGAGGCAAGUGACGAGUGCGUGGAAGGAUAUAAAUGAGGAAUUACUUGACCUUAAGGAUUUGGCAAGACCUCUGUUGAUGAGAAUUCUGAACUUCUGUCGCGUCAUGGAUGUGCUUUACAAGGAUGCAGAUUGUUACACUAAUUCUACAAAAUCAACAAAGGACCAAAUUACAGCUAUGCUGUUAAAACCCUUUCAUGUAGAAAAUGGCCUCUAAGUAUUUUUCGUUAAAGUACAUAUCAGGGAUAGAUUCAAUUUGUGGCUAUGAUUUAGUCUAGAAUAUGUAAAGAAACAAACACGACUUUCGCGGUAGACAAAGCAUUGUGCUGUGCACUUGUAAGGAAAUCUCCAGUAAAGAUAUCCCACCAAAAUUUAUAUAGAAUAUUACAAAAUGGUGUUCUUUUC